UUGUUACCUUGUUAUUAAUUUUUAAAUACAAUCUCCCAUAAUAAAGAAAGAAAGACUUCUUUAAAAAAAAAAGUUACUAAAGCAAGCGGGUCAGAGUCGCUGCGUCGAAGUGAAACUUCGCACGAGAUGAGUCAGCCGUCCCGCCCCGUCUGCUGUUGGACCUAUGGCCCUAUAAGCACUUUAAUGUUUUUAUGAGUUACCAAAAUCAUGGAUGCAUUUUUGCCAGCAAAAAGAGAAUUGUUUUGAGGUAAGAUAGAAGAAGAGAGAACAUAGCGAGCGAGAUCAUCAAAACAAUAAUUAUUCUUAUAUAAAUUUCUCUGUUGAUAUUAUAUAAUAUAUUUGGCUGAUUUGAGACUGAAAAAAUUUGAAUUUAAAACAUCCUUACAUUUUUUAUACGUAUAAAUGAAACCGAAUAAUAAUAAACAAUACCUCGGAGUAGAAAUAGGAGUUUACCUUUUAGAAAACCUUGUUCUUCACGAUUUUUCAAGCUUUAGCUUAUGAGAGGGAAAAGUAAAAGGCUAUCGACUGGUUUUUCCUUGAUUCCAUUCAUAAAACAAUACGCAUCGUAAACAGUCGCAGCCUUCUUAUUAUCAACAGCCUCCAUCCUCUAGUUGUGGUUAAUCGAUCAAGCGGAGCGCACUAUCGUCGCGUGCGCAUUACGACGUAAUGAAACAAUCAUGAUUGGAAAUAUAUUUUUGUGUUUUUUAUUAGUGCUUUACAAUAGUGCAUUAGGACAAAAGCUGAAAGAUCCGCUUCCAGAAUGUCCAUCAUUAGAAAAAGGGGAUACAUACACGCAAUCAGAGUUUCUUUCGCGUCUGGCACACGAGUGCCGGUACGAUAGGCUUCUCCUACCUACAUACCAGACUGGAGAAGUUGUGUUUGUCCACGCCAGCGCCUACGUCUAUUUCAUACAACCGGCUGAAGCACACGAUUUGAAUUUCAAAUUGCACUUCCUUCUGCAACUUCGUUGGACUGAUCGACGGUUGGCGUACUCUCUCUAUUCUCCAGAACGAACGAAAAUAAUCGGAGAAAGUGAUCUGAGAUCCCGUGUUUGGAUUCCGCACUUGUACAUGUCUAACGAACAAUCGUCCAGUUUGAUGGGAACUGAUACUAAAGACGUGCUCAUCUCAAUAGCACCAGAUGGGGAAGUGCUCUUCAGUCGUCGAAUGCAAGCUGUGCUAUAUUGUUGGAUGAAUUUGCAAAAAUUCCCAUUCGAUGUUCAAAAAUGUUCGAUGAAUUUGGAAAGCUGGAAAUACAACGCGUCAAUUUUACGGUUGAUGUGGGAGAAAGAUAAUUCCGUUCGACUAUCUUCAGAGCUGCAUUUAACAGAAUACUCUCUGCUCGACUAUUGGACAAAUGAGUCGGUUGUUCGAGGAGAUAUCGUCAACAUGAGACUGGGUGGAGGUAGAUCGGGCAAUUACAGCGCUUUGAAGUUUACAUUUAAAUUGGGCCGAGAAGUGGGUUACUAUUUGAUGGAUUACUUUAUCCCUUCAAUGAUGAUUGUCGCCAUGUCAUGGGUCACUUUCUGGUUGCAAGCUGAUGCUUCAGCACCUAGGAUAACAUUGGGCACAAGUACCAUGUUGUCGUUUAUCACUCUCGCAUCGUCACAAGCAAAAACUCUUCCAAAAGUCUCCUACAUCAAAGCAAGUGAAAUCUGGUUCUUAGGCUGUAUUGGCUUCAUUUUCUCGGCCCUUGUGGAAUUCGCUUUUGUCAACACUAUCUGGCGCAGAAAAAAAGUGGUGAAUUUGAAGAAAGUGAACAGUAAAUAUAUACUGAAAAGUACAUUGACCCCUCGCCUGGCGCGUAAAGAGCUUCAGAAAGAGCUACAGUGUUCCCCUCAGCUCAGCAAGUCCCGAUCCUGUUCUUCUCUUAACCAGGAGACCAGUUCCGACCCCGCAGGACCAGGAUAUAACAAUUAUCUUACUGUUCAUAGCUUCCCAUCUGCUCUGAACUUACCAACGAUAACAACGCAAAGCUACGACGAGCUCGUCCAAAGGUCUGGCGGACGUCAUAACUCCAGUGAGGGAUCAGAUGAACCCCCAAAACAUCACACAUGGACUCAAAUGACUCCACAAGAAAUCGCAACUUGGAUCGAUAAACGCUCGAGAGUGUUAUUCCCUUUACUCUUCAUAUUCUUUAAUAUUAUCUACUGGACAUUUGUGUACUGUUUGUGAAAAUACAAAACCGUAUAUGUCUUUUGUUUUGGUAUUGGAUUGACUUGUAAAGUUCUAGAAAUUAAUCAGUUGGUUACUCUGAUAAUUCAGACAAUAUUUUUGUAAAAUGCCGUUUGAAAUGGAAAGGUUCUUUUGUUUGACCCUAAUCAUGAUCUGGAAGUUUUGUACACCUUUUUAUAAACUAAGAAUAUAAAUAUCAUAAUAAAAGUCAGCAGUCGAAAAUUU